AUGCCGACCGCACAGAAUCAGGCAGGGCUGCAGACAAGAUCGGUGGUCUCCUCUUUCAUCUUCACGGUCGCCAACGGCAGUCCUCGAGUUGCGCUAUUUCGACGCAGCGACAAAGUCUCGACCUAUCACCACUGUCUAGCACCGGUAGCAGGACACAUUCAAAACAACGAAUCGCCAGUGGCAGCGGCAUGGCGCGAGAUCGAGGAAGAGACAACGUUGACGACUUCACACCUGGAGCUCUGGCGGCAGGGAAAGCCAUUUACGUUCGAUGACUCCUCCGUGGGACGACAAUGGACGGUCUAUCCUUUUGGAUUCUGCCUCCGCACCGCAAAAGACGACGCGAUCCGAAUAAACUGGGAGCACGAAGGCUGGAGCUGGUACGACCCUAAUGAGGUGUCCGACGACGAGCAAUUCGGCGGCGUUCCCCGUUUGUCAGAGAGCCUGCGACGGGUUUGGUUCGAAAUGGACAUGAACCCAGCGGCAGCGGGGGCCCUUCGCUCGGGCCUCGAAGAACUAAAGACUGAUCAUCGAAGCGGAUCCCACGAACUGACCUCGAUUGCCGUGAAAUCAUUCCGUGAUAUACUCGUUCAUCUCCGCAGCGAUCGCAAAUGGUGGGAGACUGCCCGGAUGGCAGCAUGGCAUCUGUGGAAAAACGGACGAGAAAGCAUGGGCUCGGCGACCUUGAAUGCUCUUCUCGGUGUCUUGGCCGACAUAGAUGACCUGAAAGACCUCAGCCUGGACGACGAAUGCGCAAUGGAUCGCGUGUUGGGAAGGAUUGACCAUCACCUGGAGGUCCGCCGGCAAAUGCCAGCAUGCAUCAAGGACUCUUUUGUCGCCUAUCUCCAAGCCAACGGAUCACGGGAUACACAGACCUUGUCCAUUCUCACACUGUCUGCGAGUUCCACGAUUCGAGAUAGUAUCCUCGAUGCCUUUUCAUCCCUCCCGAUGCCAAAUUUGGACCUGCGCAUCCUAGAGUCUCGUCCGCUCUUUGAAGGAGCCAGUAUGGCCUCGUCUUUGCUCUCGGCAUUUGAAUCGAAGUUUCCGGCAGCGACGGGUCGACAUCUCAGACUCACCGUGUACACCGAUGCGUCUGCCGCGCUGGCCGCAACAAAUGUCGAGUUUGUUCUUCUAGGAGCCGACCGUCUCUCGUCAUCGGGCUGGGUCAGCAAUAAGACUGGAUCACUCCCCGCUGUCCUCAGCGCGAAACAUGUUAGCCCUAGCUGUAAGGUCUUGGUGUUCAGUGGGUUAGAGAAGGUCGCUGAGCCCGGUGCAGAGCACGAGCAUGAGCCCGAAGAAAAUGACUAUCGGGAAGUGAUGAUUCCAUGGAUUGAAUGCAGUGUCCGAGGCGUGAACAUCCUCGAAGAGGGUAUUCGAGGCAUACCUCCCAAGACUGCCAAUUGCCAUGUCCAAGUCAAAAAUAUCUACUUUGAAUGGGUACCCUCCGAAAUGAUCGACGGGUAUAUCUGUGAAAAAGGGAUGGUUUCUGCGGCAGCCAUUCGAAAGUGCGCACAGGAAGUGAGGGAAAAUAGCAGGGCAUACUUUGAUUCGCUAUGA